AUGCAUUGGGACUGUGGUGGCAUGCGCUGCAUUGGGGUGCAGCGCCUGCCGCCACAGCAGCAGCAGGCAGCCGAGGAAGGGGGGCUUCAAUCAGCAAGAACCGCCACCGCCUUUCCCCCCAUAGCCUCCCAUUCCACCGCCACUACUCGCCACCUCCACCAACCUCCCUGCCUCCACCUCUGCCUCACACCGUGCCCGCCCCACUGCUCCACCCGCCCCACUGCUCCACCCGCCCCACUCCUCCACCCGCCGCUUCCCCACCCUCAUCCCUUGCCGCCUCAUCCGCCACUCUCCCCAUGCGUGCUUCACAUCCCUGCUGUUUCCCAUCGCCCCAUCUCCUCCACUCCUCUUAUCAACACACCCCCUUCUCUUCAGACACCACCCCCACCUUCCUCCUUUCCUCCUCCACCUUUCCUUUUCCUGCCUCCUCACCCCUCCCAUCCGCAUGCCCGCACACCCACACCCUCCCCAUCCUUCGCCUUCUCCCCUGCUCUUGCUACCUGUCCAACCCCUCUCGCCUCUGCCCCGUCGCCUAUGUUCUCCUCACCCCCGUCCCCGCUCAGUACGUCACCAGGGCCCACCACGCUCGCAGUAAUACCAGCAGGGGCAGCAUCAGGAGAGGUGGCAGUGGCACGAGAAGGAACUCGUUUUGAGACGUCUCAAAACGAGGUGGCAGUGGCACGAGAAGGAACGCUCAAGGCGAGGCUGCUGGCGGGGCAGGGGGGAGGGCUGGCAGGCAGAGGCGAGUAG